AUGCCGCUGACGGAGGAGGAGGUCACCGAGGAGUGCUGUGACCUCAUCGCCCAAGAAGAGCGCACUGCCCGCAACAUCCUCCUGGGCAGCGACACCGCUGACGACUACGCUGUUGUUGGCGAG